CUGAGAAUCAGCUGAUCCAGUCACAUGACCUCCGCUGCUCUGUUAGCAUAAUAGGUCGAUAGAAGCCGUGUAGCAGGGAGCGUAAAUAGCCCGGACUGAAGGGAAACAGCCCAAAGAAAUGAGUGCUGAAAGCUCCAGGUUGCUCCUAGUAAAGGUGCAGUUUCAGUUGUGACCACUGAGCCGAGGAGAAUCCCGGUGAAGGUGACGAUGCAUCCGUUCGGCCGUGAAGCUGAGACGUCGCUUCAGGACCUGUUUGAGUAUUUCAAGAGGUGUCUGCAGCAUGCGGAGUGGGAGCUGGCCAGAGCUUGUGUUCCACAGCUGGUUAACUCAGGAGGAGAACUUUCAGAGCAGCUGCGAGUCAUAAUCAGAGCUAUUGUCACCCAUCCUUACAGCUUAAAAUGGGAGUCCAUAGGAAGUCCUCACAGACUGGCCUGGUUUUGGCUGCAGGUGUUGGAAGAAUGCACAGAAGAACAGGUUUCUCCCAACAUCAAAAAAGAACUGGAGUUUCUGUUACUUCUGGAGGAGCUGGAGUCACAGGGCAUAUCAGAGGCUGUUCUCAAGGAGUUGCGUCAAGCCUUCUUAAACUCACAAUCUGAGCAUAAGACCCUAGAAGAUUCAGGAACAACAGAUGCUGCCGUGGAGUCGUGUUUGCAAACCCUGUUGGAGAAAAAGAAGCCGAGACUCGCCCAGACUUUAGCGCAUUUCUUACAGGACCAGUCAUGCUCGGAGGACCAGACCCUGCAGCACACAUUCAUCCAGCACCUGCUGAAGAAGCUGGGGAAGCCGGAGAGCAGCCCGGAGAAGGUGGAGGUCUGGGUGGAGGAGAUCUACGGAGUGUUGGCCGUGAUGCCGUGGAGCUCCCAGAGAGGCGACGGGCAGCUGGAGGCUCUUUGUGAAGCUCUGUGGGCGGCUAGAGAAGGACCCCUGAAGGAGGAGAGGAUCCUCAGCUGCCUGUUUCGUCCUCGAUGCGACGCUUUGGUCACGACUUACUGCUGCACGGCUCUGAGGCUGCAGAGGGAUCAUCUGCUGAGGAACUCCCCUCAGACACAAGUGGAUCUUCCUGAAGCAGAAAAGCUGACCCUCAGUUUAUGUUGCCACAACGAUCGUCCCUCCGCCUGGAAGUCCAUUUACUUUGAGUGCCUUAGUAGUGGGAAGCACUUCCUGGAGCAAGUCUUGGUUACUGCACUCGACCUGAUUAAACACGAGGAGUUCAGUCAGCUGAAGGACUUACUGCAGCUGGAGUUUCAGCCGCUCUCUCGGCUGCUGUUGCUGCUCGGAUGGACUCAGUGUCGCAGUUUAAACUCUGCUCAGAUGCUGCUCACAAUCCUUCACAAGGAGCAGGCAGCAGCCAAUGACUCUGUUCUGCAGGAGUUUGCCAAUCAUUUGUCAGCUCAGCUUGAAAUACUUGAAUGGUGUAAAAACAACAAUCCAGGGAUUUCCAUGGAAGCUUUGCUAGCUCAGCUUCACGCUCUGGACAAUCACUCAGCCCUCUAUAUUCUGCACUCUCUGACUCCUUUAGCUCAGUUUGAAGAGCGCAGGAUAUUAGAUCUACUGCAGCAACUGCCAGAUUCACCAGAAACAGGGGAUGCCGAAGCAGUCGGUACGCUCAACCCUGGUGUGCAGAGGAACAUAAUAUUGUUCCAGGGCUUCUGUGCCAUGAAGUAUGCCAUCUACGCACUCUGUGUAAAUGCACACAAAUACUCAAACUGCACAGAGUGUGAGUCCAUGCAGCAGCAGCAUCACAACUCUGAAGCAGAAAUGGACCAAAACAAAACCUCGUCUGCCUCAGAAGGUUGUAGUUUCGUUUUCCAGCACUACCUGUCCGAGUGUCAGCUUUAUCUAGAAACUGUGCCUGCCAUGUUCCGCCUGGAGCUCCUGGAGAAUAUCUUCUCCCUCCUCUUUCUGUCCACCGCUGACUUUGCCCAACAGACUCAAAAAGACACUCAGUCAGAAGGUUUAUCAAAUACAAGGAACACAAAUGUAGAAUCGGACACUAAGAUACGUGAGGCUGAGGACAGAAGGAGGGAGAACCAGAAGCUGCAUUCAAGUCCAGCAGCAGCCCACCGUCACCACCUGGACCUGGGACACUUCAUCCAGGGCUGCAGGGGGUUUCUGGUGGACAUCACUGCCAUGGAGGGUUUUGUGAAGCUGCUGAAGGAAGGGCUGGAGGGAAUGUGUGUGGUGGGUCAGCAGGAGGGACAGGAGGAGGGAAGAGCGCUGCCUCGAGAGGCCGAGGCGGCGGCCAGUCUGGGCUGCUCGGUGACUCCAGAGACGUUCGGGGCUCGACUGCAGAGGUUGUCUAAAAGGACAGCGGAGGCUCAGUGGAGGCUGCAGAUCAUCACCAGCAACCAGGGCAGCGGAAAUGGUUCAGAAAGUCCGGUCCAGAUGUCAGCAGUCAGUCAUGGUACAACGUCUCUGAGACGCAGCAAGAGCUCGAGUCUGAGGAGAAGAAGGAAACCAGGGAGGCAUUCAAUAGAGAGACACUCGUCCAUAGAGAAACAUAAUGGAGAAGUCAGCACGAGUGCAUCAGAUGGUGGAGGCGGACCGGCGGCAGGUUGUGUUGAACUGGAGUUUUGUCCGUGUGGAGGCUCCCACAGCUGGCUGGUUCCUGCAAUGUUGUCGCCUCCAGAGUCUCUGCUAAUGUCCUGCAUCCGGCAAGGAAACUUCAUGGAGGCGCAUCAGGUGUCUGUGGUGUUUGAUCUGGAGGCGUCGGCCUGCUGUGGAGAGCUGGUGUUCAUGGAGCGCUACAAAGAAGUGCUGGUGGAGUUGGGGCAGGUGGAGCAGAAGAUGGAGCAUCAGUCCAUGUCUUCGUCCUCGUCCUCUUCAGAAGGUUUGGGAACAGCAGCUGCAGCAGGAACAGGACCAGGACCGGGACCAGGGAGGAGUCGUCUGGGCAGCAGUGGAAGAUCAACGCUGCAGGCGAUUGGAAGCGCUGCUGCUGCAGGUGUUGCCUUCUACUCCAUCUCAGACAUCGCUGACCGUCUCCUCAGCACCCCAGCUCACCCGCUGCCCUCCCUGGAGGAAGGUUACUGGCUGAGUCGCUGCUCUUCAGACGCUCCCGACCUGCUUUACACGCUGCUGGCGGAGCUCAGCCCUUCAGCCAUGGCUGCCUUCGACCUGGCCUGCUGCCACUGUCAGCUCUGGAAGACGUCUCGACAGCUGCUGGACACGGCAGAGCGCAGACUCAACAGCAGCCUGGAGGCUCGAGGAGUAAGAGUUGACCCAAAAGUGCCUCAUGCUGAAGGGAUCUGUGGAUUUCCAAUGAUACUACAUCAGAUCAGCAAGAUCCUGAAUCACUCAUCCACUCAUAAGGGCUCCGUUAAAACAGAAGCUGGUGGGGACGACCAGGUGUCUUCCAGCCCGUUUGGUUGCUCCAUCCAAGAGGUGCUGCUCUGUUGCCACCCAACGCUGACUGAAGAGUGUAUUUCUGCUCGGCUCGGCCUCGCUCAGCGUCUGGAGAGCACCCUGCACAAUCUGAGCACCGCUACUGACGGCACAGACGGCAGUGUGGGCAGCUCUCUGCUGGCCCUCCUGGUUGAACAGGCCAGUCUGAAGCAGUCGGAGCUGGACGCUCAUCCUGUUCGCUCCAGCAUGAAGCAGCUGCUCCGUUCUCUGGAUCAGCUCUGCCCCUUCGAACCAGACGGAGAACUCGCCAGACCAGAUUACGUGCGCAGCUUCUUCGACUACGUCAACACAUUAGCGUCUGUUUUAGUGCGAAGCCUCAGUUCAGAAGACCACAACAGUGAAGUGAAACUUGGGAAUCCACUGCUGGUGUUGCUUCAAACCCCAUUUCAGCUUUUCUCACACCUGCUGUUUGACCGACAGGUGUCUCCUGACAGAGUUCUGUCGUUGCUGCAGCAGGAAGGUCUGCGUCUGAGCGUCCAGCAGGUGAUCGUCCAGCGAUGCUGCGAGACUCUUCCUGUGUGGAUCUCGUGUCCAGGUGAUGACGGAGACUCCGAGAAAGACGACGGACCUUUCAGUGUCGCCAGUUUGUCUCUUCUGCUCCAACAACAUGCUCAGGAUCACGUGACGACUCUGGGAAUCACAGAGCCUCAGUCUGACGUGAGCUCCGAGUCCGAAGUCUCAGUGGACGAACACUCAGCUACCCCCACCAACCUCUCCACGUCUCCUCCGCCGUCCUCCUCUUCAUCCUCAAACUCCUUCCUCCUCACACCAUCAGCCCUGUCUUUCCUGAAGUCUCGCUCUCCUUUACUGGCCACGCUGGCCUGUCUGACGGCCUGUAAAGGAGAACCUGCUCGGGCACAAACCUCUGGCUGGUCCGGAUACUUCCGCAGCGGCCGUAAAGAGGUCGUCCUGGAUGGUGAGCAGAUUUCUAGAGAAGCUGACAGCCUCCUGAAGGACUUCCCCAUCCUGCGGUCUUACCUUCAGACCAUGGCUGAACCAGUGCUGGGAGCCACGUUAGGCGAAGACGAGGAGAGUUCUGCUGGUCUUGGAUCAGUCAUCUGUGGGAAACCUCUGGUCAGCCUCCUGCUCUCCGGGCCUCAGGAGGAGUUUUCUCAGGCUGCGGCUGCUGAGGCCUUCCAGAAAGCUCUGGCCUCCAGAGACCUGAGCCGAGCCCUCAGUCUGCUGGAGCUUUAUGGGCAGGGUGGCAGCCAGGAGGGGGCGCUAAGAGACCGCUUACUGGCCUGUGCUGCUCUAGAGGGUGAGGAAGGAUGUUUACGUCAAAAUGGAGAUGAAGGUAUCGGUCAUCUGUUCCGGGUGCAGGAUGCCAACCUGCGAGCCCGAGUCGCCCUCCAGGCUCUGGAGCGAUGGCCUCUGUUGUCCUGCCGGGAGCUCCUCGAGUUCUGCCUCAAUGACACCGACACAGAGCCCUCGCUGAAGACAGAGCUGGAGCUCAAGAAGAAAGAACUGGACAUCUACCACGCAAUGUUGAAUUUACAUCCACCGUUGCCGUGGGCCACGUGGCAGGAGCUGAGAACCGAAUCCAAGACAGACUCCGAGAAAAUGUUCUCUAUGAUCAUGGAGGCAAAAGAGUUUACUCUUUGUGCACAGUGGGUAGAGCUAUAUCCUGUAUCUAACCAGCUGAGACUGCAGCUGCAGACCGAACAUUUGCUUCAUCUGCUGGAGAAGGGACAAACGGAUGAAGCUUUUCAGUUGCUCGAGGGCCUCUCAGAUUUUGGCGUCGGUCUGGAUGUUUGUGAGCGCGCUCUGGAUCGCCGGCCCGGUUUGUCAGCCUGUCACUUCUUGGCUGACUACCUCACGCUGCAUUUCCAGAUGCAGGUGUCUCCGGCACGUCGACGACACAUUCACGCCCUCCAUCUGGGCUCCAAGGUGUUGCUGACUCUUCCCCCGGCUGCCAGGCAGGAAUACUUCCCCCUGCUGUCGGAUCCCCUGCUGAUGCUGGAGCAGCUGCUGAUGAACCUGAAGGUGGACUGGGUAAACGUGGCGGUUCAAACCCUGCGGAGCCUCCUGGUCGGUCAGGAAGCCGGAUUUAACGCCGAGGACAUCGAUAAGCUGCUGGCAGACUACGCCUGCAAGGCCCUCGACUUCCCCUGUGCUCCCAGAGAGAGGUCUCGAUCCGACUCUGUAAUCAGCCUGCAGGAGGCGCUGAUGCAGUGUCCAGCUCAAGACAGCAGCUCCCUGAUGUCCAGUCGAAUCGAAUCUCCUACGCCCUCCGCAAGCAGCACCCCGACACACACCCCCUUGGUGAGCAGCUCAGACAGGGAGAGAGAUCGAAGCUCGGCAGGGAAGAAACGUCGCUCGUCCACCAAGUUCCAGCCUCCAGAACAACCACCGGCCCAAAAAGACUGGGUCCCCGACACCCAGCAGGUUGUCUGCAUGGUCUGCCAGAGGGAGAGGUUCACCAUGUUCAACAGACGGCAUCACUGUCGGAGAUGCGGCCGCCUGGUUUGUCACGCCUGUUCUGAGAAGAAGAUGCCCGUUGAAGGAUGUCCAGGAGGAGAAGUGAGAGUCUGUGAUCAGUGUUAUGCCUACUUUCACCCAGACUCCGAUGAUGAGCAGGAACCGGCUGAAGUGGCUGGUAGUCCUGUCGUCACGGAGUCGGCUCUGGAUGGGAUGUUGCAUCUGCCUGAAGUGGUCCAACGACAGUUUCAGCUCAGCUCAGACUCUGCAGAGAACCAGCUGCUGCGGAGCGAAUUCUACUACGAACAGGCUCCCAGCGCCUACCUCUGCGUGACCAUUUUGUCUCUGCACAGCGACCAAACAGCCUGCGGUCACCAGCUCAUCGGCCACUGCCGCUCUUUAUCUCGUAAACUGAACAACCCGGAGGUGGACGCCUGCCUGCUCACCGACAUCAUGAAGCAGCUGCUGUUCAGCGCCAAGCUGAUGUUCGUUAAAGUCGGCCGCAGCCAGGAUCUCGCCUUGUGUGACAGUUACAUCAGUAAAGUCGACGUUCUUAAGAUUCUAGUGACGGCAAAUUACAAAUAUAUUCCCUCUCUGGACGACAUUCUGGAGACUUCUGCCGUCACACGUCUCCGUAAUCAGCUGCUGGAAGCUGAAUACUACCAGCUAGCAGUGGAGGUGUCGACUAAGAGUGGCCUGGACCCUGGCGGAGUGUGGCAGGCCUGGGGAAUGGCGUUGCUGAAGACAGGAAUCCUUUCAGCGGCCAGGGAGAAGUUCACUCGCUGCCUGAAGCCUCCGGUGGACCGAAACCAGCUCAGCCAGGGUCCGUUACUGCUGCAGGAGGUCGUCCAGCACCUGGAGACGACAGUGAGACCCACUCAGGCCACGUCCUUUGGUGAAGACAUUCUGGCUCCUUUACGGGAGCUGGAGGAGGCCUUGAACGAUGUUGGUCCUGUGGAUCGGUCAGAGUCUCCGACGAAGAGCAACACCUUCCACCAGGAGUGUCUUCACUACCUGAACACGUACGGGACCCACCUGGCGCUCAUCAGCUUCUACAUGCGCCACGACUGUGUGAAAGAAGCUCUGACGUACCUGAUUAACAAGGACUGCCCAGAGGAGAUCUUCCUGGAGGGUGUGCUGCAGCCCAGUCUGGAACGAGGCUGUCUUGGCAUGCUGCAGGGAAUUCUGGAAAAACUGGACCCGGGCCUGGAGACGUGCAGCCGCUACCUCAUCGCCUCCUGCCAGUUUCUGCAGCGACGGGCAUACUAUCACUCUCUGUACCAGCUGCAGCAGUUCAUGAUGGAUCACGUACGUGCAGCGAUGACCUGCAUCCGAUUCUUCACGCACGGAGCCAGUUCAUACCUCCAGCUGGGAGAGCAGCAGCGCUGGUUAGUCCGAGCCAAAGAACACCUGAGGACGUACCUGCAGGAGCAGCAGGGUCGAGGCGGAGGAAGGAGGAGGUCGCAGGUCAACUCUUUCAGGAAGAUGAUGUCCUCCAGUGAUGUGUCCAGACACAUGAAUACGAUAGAGCUGCAGCUGGAGGUGACCCGUUUCCUUCACCGCUGUGAGACUGCGACGUCCUCCAAAGCCCCACAGACCAGCAACCCACCUUCCUCCAAGUCCUCUGGAUCCAGCUCACUGCCUACACUGUUCGGAGGAAGUCCUAUGAAAGUUGAAGUUGCCUGCAAGGUGAUGCUUGGAGGAAAAAACAUAGAGGAAGGUUUUGGCAUUGCUUAUAGAGUCAUACAGGACUUCCAGCUGGAGGCCCAGGCUGUCUACGUUCGGGCCGGUCAAAGACUUGUCCGACAGAAGCAGUUCGGAUCCGUGAGGCAGCUGCUCAAGUGUGUCGGCGAAUCAGGAACUGCCACCAAAAACGACUGCGAUGCCCUCAUCCUCAACUGUGUCUCCUCUGCAGACAAAGCACCGGCUGACGCCAAGGAGCUGGAAAGUCUCAUUCUGGAGAUGAAGAGCACAGAAAACAAGAUCAAAGCCUACCUGGUUUGCAGCAAACUGAGGCCGGCGUACCUGCUGGCGGUGAAGCUGGAGUCGAGCCGAGCCGGUCCGCUGGUCCAGGACGUCCUUCAGGCCGCCGAGGGAGCUCAGGACUCGGUGAUGCAGAACAUCUGCCGGCAGUGGCUCUCCGAACACAGCAACAAGACGUCUCAGCAGCGGCAGGCCCGACCCAACGCCAGGUAAAGGCCCGGUCGGUCGGCAAAACAAGGGAUCCCUCAGACAGCACUUAAAAACGAUACGCAAAAGAGGAUUCAGGGGUUUUGGGAGGUGAAAUAACAUGACUUUGCAUAGUCUGUAAUUGGUAUCCAGCACUGUUCACACCAGAAACGAUUAUAUUUCAACUAUAAUACAGCUAACACUCAAUUUUUACAACUUUUUUCGUUCCGUUUCCUGUAAAACUUUAUUACAUUUUGCACAAAAGCACCACAUUUACUACAUUACUUCAUUGUCGAAAUAUUUCAAAAAUCUGAAGCAGAUAAAUAUGUUGAAACUGGAUCCUCGCCAAAUAAAACAAACCCUGAUGGCCUCUUUUGUUUGAGGCCGCCUUGCGUGCUGUAAAACUCGUGAAUCACCGCCGUGCUUUAUCUCUACGCUGGAAAUAUUUAGCUGUUCACUCUCAUCUGUACAGUAUUUGGGGAUGGUGUGAACGUACGGGAGCUACAACCACUAUUGUGUAACAGAAAUGCUUUUCGGAGUGUACAGGUACAGUCACGCUUACGCAAUAUGAGCAUAUCUUUAUGGUAUUAGUGUAAGUUUUACCUCCUACCUCAGCCCAAAGGGAAAAUAUCUACAACUGACUGGAAGGCCUCUAUAAAGGUGUUACAUGUAGGUCGUUAGUUCCCCAUUUUUAUGUCGUUUUUGUGCUUGAAUUAGGUUUUUACUUGUAAUUAAGUGUCCUCGGCCAAGAAUGCGACACAUUCAGACCUUGAAGAAUCUAAAAAUUGUCGUGUUUUUGUAAUCUGAUGAAGCUGUUAACCUGUUUUACCUGUACAGCACAUUGUGUGGUCGGCUUUAGCAAAUGUACAAGAAGGAUGAGUGUCAAACCAUUUAAAAUAUUUAAGAAACUGUUGAGACAUUUCCAGGAAAUGUUAAAGUUUUGAGGAUACAGAAAGGGACCCACACUAGUUUAGUUCAUUUUCCAGUAAUUCAGCUUCUACUCAGUCGUUUUCUCUCCUGUUUAGGCAAUACUUGCUCCAAAUAAUACUGAUUUUACAUCAUGUUUUUUUGCUUUGUUGUCAUGGGAGAUGUGACCCACAUCUGUCUGAACUAUAGAAAUCCAUAAUGAAUCACUUAAACACAGAAGGAGUCAAAUAAUGUUUCAAAAAAGGGAUUUAACUGUUGACAUAUGUUGUUUUUUCACGGCUUUUGCUUUUUUUCACAAACCUGCAACCCAGACAAUGGUGCAAAUGUAUAUCCACGUUAUUUUUUCAGUUGAUUUAUUUCACAGUUAUUGUGAUCACGUGGUCUAGUAGUACAUCUCUACUUAGAGGAGAUCCUGUGUCGUCCCUUUGCCUCGCUUCGCUGCUGCACUAGACGGAAAACGGAGCCAGAUUCAGUGUUUAUUGACGUGAAAUGAAAAGAAGCCAGUAGAGACUUGAGAUGAGCUCUAAUUCUUCUUAACUUUGACUGUUGUGUCUCAUCACUGCCGCACUUUAUACUUAGCGAAUUUAAAAAAAACAACAAUUAUAUGGGGAAUAAUUGUAAAAUAUGUAACACGGUAACUGCUUUAACGAUGCAGGGAUCAGUGAUUUUGAAAUGUAAGUGGUUUCUCCAUCCCUCGUUAAAUAAAAUGAAAUUCAAAAAAAUAAAAAUGGAAUAUAUAAAAAUGUGGAUUCUUGCACUUGAAUGUUUUUUUUUUUCAAAUUAGUAAGUGUAUGUAUUGGGAAAUAUGCUAGCUGAGAUUGGUUCUACUAUCAUGUCUGCUAAAUAUUAUGCUGCUGCUAACUUAGCUUAGCAUAAAGGCUAGAAAUAAGGGAGUUUUUCUGAAGCCUGCUAAAUAACCACAAGCCUGGAGAGUCAUGUGCUGGACUAUUUUUGGGUUGGAGCUUGUAACUUCUCGUAAUUCUGCUCUCUCAGCCAAUAAACAGUCGCACAUCACCCCCAUAAAGCGAAGGUUUGUCAUUUACAACUUGCAAAAUGACACAAACGGAACACUUCAGGUGAAUUACUGAACUGUUGAGGCUCCUAGCAGCAUAUUUAAUUUACAGACCUGCAGUGCUGCAUUAUUUCUGAGGGGCCUGAAGAAAAAGAUUUGUUACUGGGCCCCAACUGACCCCUACUGUAGAACACACAGCAUUAUUUCCCCUGACUCUAGCUGAAAUUAUUAGUCGGUUACUUGAUAGAAAAUUAAAUGGAAACAAAUCUGAUAUUAUUAUUAGUUUUAAUUAAGUUAAUUAUUAUUGUAGAAGGAAAGAUGCUCAAAAAUCACUUGCUCGAAUCUCUAAAAUAUGAAUUUUUGCCUGUUUUCUGUAACUGUAGGUCAACAUUUUGGGGUUUUUUAACAAUUGAUCAGACAAAGCAACAAAAAUCAGUGUAAUAAUAAAGGAUUUAGUUUUUCGGGUUGUCCUACCAUCUUGUGAGUGGAAUAAAUGAUUAACUCCUUUUGGUAAUUUCUUACAAUUUGGCCCAAAUGUUCACUUUGACUCGAAGAUGGACUGAUUAGAGUUUGGUGGUUAAGGGUCACUGUCCCCUCACACAAAGCACUUUUUUUGUUGCCAUAAUUCAAGAGCUCAUUCCAUUAUCAUGACAAAACUUCACUUUCCUGUAAAGUUGUGUGCCAUCUUGCACUUGACCUGACUUCUUCUAGUGAGAAUCUGCUUAUUUAUUCAAGAAAAUAUUGGACACACAGUUUACUAAUCAAGAAAAAUAAAAUAAAACAACUUCAACACUAGGAAGCAAGAAAUUUAGACUGAAUAUCUAAUGCACAAUGCAAUAAAACCUAAAAUAGUCCUUCUACAAGACUCAAGCUGCAAGAUGGAAGUCAAAUUUUUGAUUAAUUGGACCAUGUAGACUUAAAUGAUGCAAAAACUUGGUGUUUCUCAUGCCACUGGUCGGUUGCCUGCUCUGCCUGGUAGAUAAUCCAGUUUCACAGACAUGACAUGUCCAACUUUUGCUUUAAGCCCGUUAAUAUUUUCUCUUUUAGUUCAUUUUUGAUGAAACCUGACUAAUUAAUUCUGUGUAUAUUUCAUCCUUGUCUAGUAUUUAUUGGCCCAAAAUCAUCAAUUCACCUGCAUUUCUUUCUUCCCAACAAGGAUUUCAAAUGAUCCAUGCAAGCGAGUUUCUAGUAAUAUUUCAUUUUAUUUACAUAAAAUGUAAACAUUCAACUCUUAAACAUGAAUGUACGUGUAGUAAAAGGCAUGUUUGAUUUGUAUAAAACACAGAAUGUAAACUCUUGGCCACCUUGCAUGUGAAUGCUGCGAAGGAAACAUGAGUAGGGAGAUCCUUAGAAAUGUAAAACUGCCGUUCCUCCAGGAAUGUGCAGAUUGUGCCGACAAUGCAAGUGGGAAAAAACUGCGAAUGAUGUUUUUUUUAAAGAUAGAAAAACCUCCUUAUCUUGUUCAUUAACUAAUACAGGUAUCACAAAAUACAUUUAUGCAUUUGAAGCGGUAGUUGUGGCUCAGACUCACGCGGAUAUUUGAUCGUUUUUAUAAGUUUAUAUCAACCUGGAAACACUGUAAGAACCCCUGCACUUGUUUUUAGAAACGCUGGCACAAAAAGUCAAGCAAUUUAACUGCAAAUUCUGGAGAAAUCAAAACACAAUACUUGAUAAAAAUGCUGGUCGUUUACCCUGCGUUGACCUUUCACUGUAUCCUACAGCGACACGAUACAUCAAGUUGCUUUUUUGCCUACACUGGAUUCACAUUGUGUCACAAAAAUAUAGAGUCGAAAAAGGUAUUUGUGGUUACACAAUAAUACAGUCGAGUGGUUUUGGUUUGAUUAGCCGCCGUGGAGCACCAAAA